UGGCGAGAAAGCUCCUGCUAUCCAAUAAUGGGAUUCACCAUCGAACAAGAGCACGAGUUCCACGUCGGCGACGGCGUGAUGCUCAAGCAGCGCCGUGCAGUCUUCGACGAGUUUACACUCGAGUGUGGUCGUGUCUUGCGCAAUGUCGAAGUGGGCUUUCGGACCUGGGGCACGCUCAACCCGACCCGCGACAAUGCGAUUGUGGUCUGCCACGCGCUUACAGGCCACUCUGAUGUAUCCAGCUGGUGGGCGCCGAUCCUGGGUGAAGGCAAGCCGCUGGACACGAGCGUAUAUUUCGUGAUUUGCGCCAACGUGCUCGGAUCUCCGUAUGGCACCGCAAGCCCGUUAACCAUCAAUCCAGACACCCAGCAGCCGUACGGCGCAGCAUUUCCCCAUGUUACUAUUCGAGAUACAGUUCGAUUGCACCGACGACUGGUGCAGGAGGCGCUUGGCGUGCAGCGGAUUUUCGCUGUUGUCGGCGCAUCACUUGGAGGCAUGCAGGCACUCGAAUGGGGCUAUUUCGGAACAACCGUCGUUGCCCAUCUUGUCCUGAUUGCUUGCUGUGGCAGGCAAUCAGCCUGGUGCAUUGGCUGGAGCGAAACACAGCGGCAGGCGAUUAUCAACGACCCAAAGUGGCGCAAUGGAAACUACCCGCUGGACGACCCGCCGGCACAAGGCCUGGCCACCGCUCGCAUGAUUGCCAUGCUGACCUACCGUUCAUCCAGCUCCAUGGAAGAGCGAUUUGGCCGCCAGGUGCAGGACCCGGCUGCCCUACCGGAAAAGUACCGAACGGAUAACGCCGAGAACGAUCAGUACUUUUUCAACAUCCAGAGCUACCUUCGCUACCAAGGGCGCAAGCUCGUGCAGCGAUACGACGCCAAUUGCUACAUGCGAUUGAUGCAGAUGAUGGAUACGCACGAUGUCGCGCGCGGACGCACUUUGCCUGCCGAGCUCGCCCCAACUUUGGCCAUUCAGGCUCACAACCCUUCUCGCGAGACUCCCGCCGCAAGCGCUGCACCCUCGUUGACCCCGCGAGAGUUUGCGGCCAUUGCCAACAAGGCAUACAAGGAAGCACUGGCUCAGCUUCAGCAACCCGCGCUUGUGGUUGGCGUCGAGAGCGAUUUGCUGUACACGAUUGCCGAGCAGGCGGAGAUGAGCAGCCAUAUAGCUCACGCCGAGUUUGUCGCCAUUCCAGCAUACGACGGGCACGAUGGCUUUUUGGUUGAAUUUGCCCGAUUGAACGAGGUGCUGAACGGCUUCUUGAAACGCCACGAGCCGCGCGGAUGUUGAUGGGCUUUUGGUUGUUUUUUUGUUUGUUUUGCGUUGUCAUUAGCUCGAUUCAAUCCAAGUAAUGCAUAGUGUAUACUGGC